AUGUCUCGUUCAUUGCUUCGAUUAAAUCAAGAAGCCUCUAAAGACGAACAGACCGGUAAUCAACGACACCUUAUUUCUCAUCACAUACCGAAUGGAAAGAGCAACCUGAAUCCCAAUAAUAAUAAAAAUAAUAAAAGGAAGAAAAAAGCCAAACAUACACAUAAUGAAACCCAUCAUGUCUCUCCUCAAUCCAUUCAACAACAACUCGGUCCAAAGCCCUGGUGGCGACGCUAUCACCCCACCGGUCGAUCUCUUCACACGGCAGACAACAGCAGUAGUGUGGCCUCCUCUACUUCUAUUGGCCCGCAUUUAUUUUCAGCCUUCUUCGUCACUCCACGGGAAUUGGCCCAUGCGGUGCGAAGAUGGGCAAUAGCCUUCAGCCGCAAACGGCGAAAACGACAACUGCAGAGGAAUCAACAGAGUAAAAUUUAUCCUCAUUUGAUAGAGGAGAAGAAAAGAAAUAUGAUUUCAGCAUUUCAUCCAUCAAAGAAUGCAUCUUUGGAACCGCCACCACCUCUACAACAACAACAAAACCAAAAAGAAAAAGAAGAGAAUAAUAUGAAAGAAAUUGCAUUGGCGUUAAGUACAGCACGUUUACUGUGGGCAUCUGUGGAACGAUCAACGGCUGCAUGUGUAGAUGUACGUUCAACUGGGCGUCUAUUGGCCAAACGCUGUCGUUCUCUGGUUGCGUGUAUUUGCCCUAUGCUGCCGUAUACUGGGGCUCACAAGCAACUGCAUACAUACAGAAUGAUAAGAACGACAAAGACUUCACAGGUACCAUAA